ACAUGAAAUUCAUCAUUGUCUUCGCUGCUCUCUUCGCCGUCGCCAUGGCCGGUGGUAAUCCCGAUGUCCAAAUUGUCAAGUUGGAGAGUGAUGUUGGUCCCGAAAGCUUCCAAUACACCGCCGAAACUUCUGAUGGUACAUACGAAACUGCCGCUGGUCAUUUGGAAAAUGCUGGCAGCGAACAUGAAGCUAUCAAGGUUACCGGUUCCUACAGCUGGGUUGAUGAAAAGACUGGCGAAAAAUUCACCGUUGAAUAUGUUGCCGAUGAAAACGGUUACCAACCCAAGGGUGCCCAUUUGCCCGUUGCCUAAAUAAAUUACGAAUUGUUUGGAA